GCCAAGGCCAGGGUCGAGCCAAAGAAGGAGACGAAGGAAGAGAAGAGCACAAAGGCUGAGAAGAGCAAGAAGGAGGAGAAGAGCGCAAAGGAGGAUAAGAACACAAAGGACGACAAGAACAAGAAGGACGAGAAGAGCAAGAAAGACGAGUUUUGUGAGCGUUGCUUCGAGAGAGACGAUAAGAACACAAAGGAAGAGAAGAGCAAGAAAGACGAGAAGAGCAAGAAAGACGAGAAGAGCAAGAAGGAAGAGAAGAGCAAGAAGGAGGAGAAGAGCCCAAAGGAUGAUAAGAACACAAAGGAAGAGAAGAGCAAGAAGGAGGAGAAGAGCAAGAAGGAUGAGAAGAGCAAGAAGGACGAGAAGAGCAAGAAGGAAGAGAAGAGCAAGAAGGAAACUAAAGACAAGGAUGAUGAUAAGAAGGAUAAGAAAAAGAAGAUCAACAGAGGGGAGUGGCUCAAGAGCUUCAAAGUUGAGAGUGACGAGGAAGAGGAUGAGAAGAAGAAGAAAAACAAGAGCAGGAAGGAAAAGAAGAAAGGGUCCAAGUCCGAGUCUGACAAGUCAAAGAGUGAUGGCGAGGCCUUUGUUAGCCUGCGUUGA